AUGGAUCAUGUGAGAAAUGAUCAACCUUCUACCUCUACAAACAAAGUUGAAAGAAGACUUGUGGAGAAAAACAGAAGAAAUCAGAUGAAGAUUCUCUACACCAAACUCAACUCUCUUCUCCCUAACUAUAACCCCAAGGAGUUGCCGUUGGCGUUACCGGACCAAGUGGAAGAAGCCAUAAACUACAUUAAGAGUUUAGAGGCAAAUGUGAAGAUGGCUGAGGAGAAGAAAGAGAGAUUGUUGAUGGAGAAGAAGAAAAGAUCGCGUGAAUGUUGUUUUGGUGUCCCGAAAUCGCCAUGUUUCGAAAUUCAUGAAUUUGGUUCUUCGCUGCAAGUGGUUCUUACGUGUGGUUUAGAUAAUCAGUUCAUUUUCUAUGAAAUAAUUCGUGUGUUGCAUGAAGAGAAUGUCGAUGUCAAGAGUGUCAAUUCCUCGACUGUUGGAGAUAAUUCAUUCCUACAUGUCGUGCAUGCUGAGAUUCCUCAGAAUUAUGUUCAAUUUGGAGCGACAAAAGUGAGUGAAAGAUUGAAAAGAUUUGUGAGUGGAUCAUCAAUACAGCCUCAUGACUUCUGGGAUUUUGAAAUUGGAAAUGAUGUGUGGAGUUUUUAG